AUGGCUACGCUGGUCAUGCAGUUGUUGGGGUGUGAUGUUGCCGCCCUGAAUACUGUCCAUUUCAGCAAUCACACCGGCUACAGGCAGUUCAAAGGCACAAGGUCAACAGCCCAAGAGAUCAGCGACUUAUAUCAGGGCCUGUGCCAGAGCAAGCUCACGGACUUCGAUGUCAUGUUGUCGGGUUAUGCCCCCAGUGCUGCGGCAGUGGAGGCAGUAGGGGCUAUCGGCUUGGAUCUGCAGCGCAAGGCCGAGUCAAACCCCGGCUCAUUCUUCUGGGUCCUGGACCCUGUUAUGGGCGACCAGGGCCGGCUAUAUGUCAAUGAUGAUGUCGUACCUGCAUAUAAAAGGAUCAUCCGCCACGCCGAUCUGAUUCUCCCCAAUCAGUUUGAAGCCGAAGUCCUCUCCGGAAUCAAGAUCACCUCCCUCAGCACCCUCGCCGAGGCCAUCACCGCCAUCCACACCACCUACUCAGUCCCACACGUCAUCAUCACUUCCGUUCGAAUCUCCCAAUUCUCCUCGUCCCCAGAAGCCACCUCAGACAACCUAACCGUCAUCGGUUCCACCAUCAAAUCCGACGGCUCCCCUCGUCUCUUCCGCGUUGACGUCCCCGCCCUGGACUGCUUCUUCAGCGGCACAGGCGACAUGUUCGCGGCCCUGACGGUCGCCCGGCUCCGCGAAGCCGUGUUCGCCGCCGACUCCACCCUCCGCUCGACCAAGUCGUGKGUCUCCCCGGAUGACGUCCAAGCCACUGAUUUGCCUCUUGCCAAGGCCACAGUGAAGGUGCUCGCGAGCAUGCACAGUAUCUUGGAAAGGACCCUGGAAGCGCGCGAUGCGGAGCUCCGCGCCUCUGCAUCUGCGGAAGAGACAGAACUGGGCUUGAGUGAGGAGGAGAAGCAGAAGAGUGAGUAUCUGCGGCGGACCAAAGCCGCCGAGGUGAGGGUUGUACGGAAUGCGCGGUUCCUGCGGGAGCCGGAUGUUGAGUUCCAGGCGCGGGAAUGGAAAAAGGAAGAUCUGCCUGAGGGACUUCAAUAG